GUCCCCGCCGCUGCCGAAUACCGACACACCGCCCAGACCCGAGCGGAGGAGGCGAGCUGAUGGUGGGUUUGUAGGAGUCCGGCGGAGACGCGUCAAACAAGUGAACACUCCCCCUCCGUAACUUUUUCAAACUCUGGAGAGAGCCGAGCAGAAGGGCGGGGGGGCACGGUUGAUGAAGAUUCGGGGGGCUCACUAACCGACGAACCAGUCCUCAACCCCGGAGCUGUGAGUUGACUUUUUAUCCGCUAGCUUGAGGCGGUCUGCCGGUGGCGGCUGGUGCGUUCCCCUGGGGUCAUCGCUGGUGUUUUCUUUGGGGCGUGUUGUUUUUUUCAGAGGGGGGGUAAAAAGUAACAAGUCUUCCUAUUAGGUGGGUCGCUUGAAUCAGAAGCCAUGGUUGGGGAGACAGAGGUGAAGGAGAGACCCAAGUCCAACCCGGACUAUCUAAUGCAGCUAAUGAACGACCGGAAGGUGAUGAGCUCCCUGCCCAACUUCAGCGGCAUCUUCACGCAUCUGGAGCGGCUGCUGGAUGAAGAAAUCGGCCGGGUGCGCAAAGACAUGUACAACGACACACUGAACGGCGGCAUGUUCAACGGGCGGGACAUGGAGGAGCUUCCCGAAGCCGUCGGCCCCGUGGCCCAGCUGCAGGAGAAGCUCUACGUGCCUGUCAAAGAGUACCCCGAUUUCAACUUCGUGGGAAGGAUCCUGGGCCCACGUGGACUGACGGCCAAACAGCUCGAGGCAGAGACCGGCUGCAAAAUUAUGGUGCGAGGAAAGGGCUCCAUGAGGGACAAGAAGAAGGAGGAGAUGAACCGAGGGAAGCCCAACUGGGAGCACCUCAGCGAGGACCUCCACGUCCUGAUCACAGUGGAGGACACACACAACCGUGCCAAGAUCAAACUCCAGCGAGCCAUCAAUGAGGUCAAGAAACUUCUCGUGCCCGCUGCUGAGGGGGAGGACAACCUGAAGAAAAUGCAGCUGAUGGAGCUUGCCAUUCUCAAUGGGACCUACAGAGAUGCCAAUGUCAAGACACCCACCGCUGCCUUCCCUCUAGCGACGCCUCAAGUGCCCCGGAUCAUCACUGGCCCGACACCCGUCCUGCCCCCCACCCUGCGAAACCCCGCCCCCGUCACCACGCCCACAAUCAUGCCUCUGAUCCGUCAGAUCCAGAGCUCCGCCCUCGUGCCGGGAGCUAACCCGCAUCCGGCGCUGGUGCAGCAAGGCCCCGAAUCUGGAAUCAUCUACACGCCUUACGAGUAUCCCUACACGCUUACUCCCUCCAUAUUGGAAUACCCGAUCGACUCAACUGGAGUAUUAGUCCCUUCUCCCUGUGUUUUCGCAGGUAUGGCAUUCCCAACCAAAGGCUAAGUGAUAGCAACCCUUCCUAGCACACACGGACUGGCUUUCAGAUAUCUCCCUCCCCUGCUGUUUACUCCCACUCACACACACGCACGCACGCACGCACGCACGCACGCACGCACACACACACAU